AUGCCUACAGACAAAGACCCGCACGUUCAGGCUACUCCUGAGGGCCAAUCCUCAGGUACUCAGGAGUCCGAUACAGCAAUUGACAAAAUCGACUUCUCAACCUUUAUCAUCCCGACUAACCCGGAAAACGCCAGUGCAGAGGAGUACUGCAGAAGCAUCAGUGGCCUGAGCGCAGAUGACCGGGACUCGCUUGUCCGCGCCAUUUUCUGGAUGAACAGACACGUUUCUGGCUUUUAUCCCUUCCUUACCGACACGGCACACGAUUCUACACUUGUUCAAAAGCGAUUCAAUAGUUUAAACGUCGUGUUGCGCCAAUUAUAUAUGGACAAGCAUUUCACGGAUGACUUUCCAGCAGAGAGCGCGAUAAGGGAAUUCAUAGAGUCACGGGCUACCGAUGUAGGUUAUUGGCAUGCCUGCGAAUGGGUCAGACUCACGUGUGGUCGUUUGGUCAGUAAGAAGUUGAUCAAAGAGGAUGAUUGGGAUUUUCUUGAAGAUAAAAUAAUUCAGCAAGGCAAGGCGUACGAGGGUGGCCGGCCGUUACACCUGCUGGGCCCGGUGGGGCGUGAACGGAUGAUUGAUAGUGGCAAGAAAGCACUCCUUAAAAUUCACCAGACCAGGAAGAGCGCCAAAACUCAAGCAGUCGCAAUGAAGGAUACUAGAGACCGGUUUUUUGAGGAGCUAGAAUCUCCCGAUCAGCUUGAAUGGACAUAUCGGCAAGAAAGAAGUGCAAUCCUGUAUACUUUCGAUCAGCUCAAGUCUGAUCUCAAGCUUGGAAUACCACUUCUAGAAGAGCAGAAAUGA